GCAGGUAUAGCAGUGGUAUGGGCCAGGCAGGCAGCCAGCCGUCCGCCGCGGUCCCUCAGCGAGCCCGGCGGGCGCACACCUUGCCGCACGAGCCACCGCGACAUGCCCCCAAGGUCCUUCCGUCGCUGCCGGACUCACCACACCUGCGCAGCACCGACAAUGGUGCCAUCCUUCAGUCAGGAGGCACUAUUAGUGGACGGAGACCUACUUCCAUCCUACACGAGCCCCGAGUACCUCAUGGACAUGUGCAUUCCAACGUGUUUCGUUCUCGUUCAGCGGGUGCUGGUGUCGAAACAGGUGACCUGCGGUCGAGAGAGAGGGACCCUUUACACAGGUCACACACAAACCUCGACCUUAGGCAUCACGAAGGUAGUAGUUUAAAUAAGAAAUUUGGAUCAGAACCUGAUCUUAGGAUUGAAGAAGAGCGUCAGAAACCUAAAUGUAACAAUAAACAUUUUCGUAAAAAAUAUCGGGCUCCACCACCGCCAAUAAAUGAUAAAUACGACGGUUCAUCGCCUGAUUCCAGCGAAGGAAAUGCGAAAACGGAACCGCAACGGAAGCUGCGGCUUUUUAAAACAAGAAAUGAAACGAAAAAGAUGAACGGCCUCGAUAAUAAAUUAUACAGAAAUGUCAACAAUGACUAUAGAUCACUAGACUUGAACGAGAAUCAAGCUUUUGAAAGACGUUAUAGAUCACCUUGUAAAGACAAGGAACAGCAUCUUAAAUAUCCAGACAGCAAAGACAUGGUACAAAGUACGUCAUCACUGAAAAGGGAAGAGCGCCUGCUACAACAAAGACAAGAUUACAAAAAGGCGAGAACUGACAGAGUCAGUGGAUGCAGAGCUAAAACUUCAAAAACGAUAGAGCAAAGUGAGGCUUGGAAGACCCCUUUACUUAAUAGAAAUUUCAGGUAUUCAGAUAGGUUUAGGAGAGACGACAACGAACAGCCUACAUUAAGAAGAGAAAAGACUUUUGAUAGCACUUUACUAUCAAGUGAAAAUGAUUGUGAUAUUCCAAAAUCUUCACAUGAAAGUAAGUUAAAAAGUAUAGGUGAGCAGCUGAAAGGAGCUCGGCUCACACCUUUAGCAGAAACAAAUAAUAAGCCUUUGAGAAAAUCUCUUCCGUCACUAUUGCCCAAAAGUAGUGAUGAAAAAGAUGAAUUUCAAGCGGAGCUCAAAAAGGCUACAAGUAGAAUAAGAAACGAGUUAGGCAAUAAAAUUAAUAUAAGUGAAAACAAAACUAGUCAGAGCGAUAAAACGAACACACAGAAACCAAACCCAACGAAAACCGUAACACAGAACAAAGUCAAAGAGUCUAGUCUUAAAACGAAUGUUUGUAACAAGAAAGAAACUAAGACGGCGAUUAGUAGAAGACCCUUGGUACGAUCAAAUGAUACCAAAUUGAAAGCGAAUGCGCCAAGCCAUCCAAAUGUAAAAAAUAACGCGGUAGUCAGUAAAUAUAAGUUCAAUAGCAAAGAGAGUGGAAAGUCGAUACCAGACCGAGGCCAGGCUUCUGGCAAGGAAUCAACUCCAGAACACUCUCCCACCAGGAAAAGUAUAUCAUCGACUGAACUUUCCCAAGAUCUGAAAAAAUCGGCACCAUCCAAACAAUUCUACUUUGGCAUGAUUGAAAGUAAACAAACUGAGCCGCGGGAACACUUGAAGGAUUUCCCUGGAUUAGGAAGCCCCAUAAUAGAAGAAAUCAGCAACUUUCACAUUAUAGAACAGAAGUUAUUAGGAUAUCAUGACGAGGAUGCUGAAUUCGAAAAGUUCAAUGCAAAACUAAGAGAAGACUGCAAACUUAAAAAUUUGUCAUCUGAGUCAGCGUUGUCAUCAGGGUCAGAUGGCGAAGGGUCAGAGGGGUCCCUUGGUAUCGCAAUAAGACUACGACCUACCUUACCUAAGAAACAGCAACCUGUGCCGCGCUUCUCACCGGCUGCUGCUUGGCGGCAAUUAGCAUCGUUAGACGCAUAUUUAGCUGCAGAAACACAGCCGCUGGCAGUGGAAACGAAGAUGUCACCGAAUGUGUCGCCAGAGUCCUCACCGAGAUCGGAGCAGUCGGCCGACAAGUCCGGCGACUCGGGUAUAUCUGGUGACCAUGGGCAUAGUGAUCAGAGGAUUGAUUCACCAGGACAUAUGCAAGAUUCACCACCAGCUUGGACGCCUCAGCAAGACCUUGGUGACAGCAGUUCCGACGGGGCUGGUGGAACGCGAGGAGUGCUACUCCCAGGUGGUGCUGUCACAUAUAAUCCUGGUGCUCAGCCAUUCAGCCUGUCCCUCCCUAGAGAUGCACAUGACAGGGGUAAACAGUUGCAGCAAGGGUUCAACAGUCUUCAGAAACUGAAGAAGUCUGUAUCGGGGGCGCUCGGUGCAGCGCUGGGCUCCAGAAGGUUCGAUCUGGAACAUGAGCCGAUGUUGCAGGAACCCGAGCAGAACUGGUUCCUGACUAAAUCAGCACCGAACUCCUUGAGUAACCCGCUGUUGUUCCAGCAGCCUGUUAGAAAGGGGUCUGUUGAGGAUGAUAUCAAAGAAGAAUCAGCGCCACCGUCCGAGAAGGAGGAAUCAGCUGCGUGGCGCCAUGGGAGCUCUUACCUGUCAUGGGGGGGACAUGUUAUGUACCUGCCCCCCGCCCCAGCCGCCCCUGAUCAGCCACUCUCCAUACUUGGUCCACUCGAUAGGCCUGUCAGGAGUAAAUCGAGUGGUUGUCUGGAAGUGGCCGCGCGUGCAGCCCGAGCGGCGCUCGCGAGUGAAAUGCGCGAACGCGAACGAUCAGCUUCGCCGGAAGUUGCGCGUGCGCUGCCGGCUCGCGUCGAACCGACUACCAAUAAUACUCCUAACAGUAACAAUUUCAUCAGUACUCAGCUAUGA